GAGUGUGUGUGUGUGUUGAGACAGGGGCUCUCCACUAACAAAAAAAGAAAAGAAAGAAAGCCAAAGGAGAGCAUUUUAAAUCUCAUUUAAUUUCCCCCUUUUCUACAACAGUCUGUAACGUUUUAAUAACUUAUAAUAUUACAUAUUUUUAUGUACUUAUUUAUUAUUUUUUCUUUAGUUUAUGGUUUGUUUUUUACCACUCCGGGAGGGCAGAAAUGGCGGCCAACAUGUACCGGGUCGGAGAUUAUGUCUUUUUUGAGAAUUCUUCAAGCAACCCUUAUCUGAUCCGGAGAAUAGAGGAGCUGAAUAAGACGGCGAGCGGCAAUGUGGAGGCAAAGGUGGUGUGUUUCUACAGGAGAAGGGACAUCUCACAGAGCCUCAUCCAGCUGGCAGACAAGCACGCGGAAGCAGAAGACUUGGAGGAAGAGAAGGAGACGCCUACAGAACCAGAGCUUAGCGAGAAGCAGAAACAUCAGCUCCGACACAGAGAGCUUUUUCUGUCCCGGCAGUAUGAAUCACUCCCCGCCACACACAUCAGGGGGAAGUGCAGUGUGGCCCUCCUCAAUGAGACUGAAUCAGUACUGUCCUAUCUGGACAAAGAGGAUGCCUUUUUUUACUCCCUGGUGUAUGACCCAACACAGAAGACCCUGCUGGCAGACAAAGGGGAGAUCCGUGUGGGCCCCCGCUUUCAAGCUGACGUCCCAGACAUGCUCCAGGAAGGGGAAGCAGAUGACAGAGACCAGUCCAAGCUGGAGGUCAAGAUGUGGGACCCAGAAUGUCCACUGACCAAUAAGCAGAUAGACCAGUUCCUAGUGGUGGCUAGGGCGGUGGGCACCUUUGCUCGAGCUCUGGACUGCAGCAGCUCCGUCAGGCAGCCCAGUUUACACAUGAGUGCUGCAGCAGCAUCGCGGGACAUCACACUGUUCCAUGCCAUGGACACUCUGCACCGGCAUGGCUAUGACCUUUCAAGUGCACUGAGUGUUCUGGUGCCACAGGGAGGCCCUGUACUUUGCAGGGACGAGAUGGAGGAGUGGAGCUCUUCCGAGGCUAAUCUGUUUGAGGAAGCGUUGGAGAAGUACGGCAAGGAUUUCAACGACAUCCGGCAAGACUUUCUCCCAUGGAAGUCCCUGACUAGCAUUAUUGAGUAUUACUACAUGUGGAAAACUACAGACAGAUAUGUGCAGCAGAAGCGACUGAAGGCAGCUGAAGCAGAGAGCAAACUGAAGCAAGUCUAUAUCCCCACAUAUAACAAGCCGAAUCCCAAUCAGAUCUCCGUCAGCAAUGGCAAGAUGACCACCAUGAACGGUGCAGCCGGACCGGGCGGGUACCAUGCAGCCAGUGGGGGCCGUGCAUGUGAAAGCUGUUUUGCCAUGCAGUCUCCUCAGUGGUACUCGUGGGGUCCUCCGAACAUGCAGUGUCGUCUCUGCGUCUCCUGCUGGAUGUACUGGAAAAAGUAUGGUGGCCUUAAGAUGCCAAGUCGAGCUGAGGGAACAGAGGAGAAAACGCCUCCAAGCCCUGCUUCAAAUGAGAUGCGUUCACGUGGCCAUAGCCUGCGUCAGACCUCCCACAUGGUUCCCAUGAGAAACAGCGGAAGUCCCAAAUCCUCCAUGAAGACUAAGCAGGCCUUUCUACUACAGGCCACACGCCUCACCAAGCUGGCGCGUCACAUGUGCCGUGACCUCAUCAGGCUGCGCCGGGCAGCGCGCCGCCCCUUUGUGCCCAUUAACUGUGGCGCCAUAAAGGCGGAGUACAUGAUUCGAGUGGCAGAAGGCAUGACAGGGCGAUCCACCAAGCCCAAACCUUCCCAGAGGAGCACGCUAACCAGCGUCCUGCAGUACCUCGAGUCCCGUCCAGCGCCUCAUGUUCAGCGCUCUCAUCGUACACUUGGCCUGCAGGUCCAACCACCACGCCGGCUUCUUUCCUCCCUGCCGAGCCACGGUCCACUCGGUAUGCUGGGAAAACGCAGUUACCACCAUAGCAGCAGGAUGGACUCUGAGAGAAGAGCAAAUGCACCAGGACAAGAAAAUCAGGGUCACAUCGUGGGUCCUAUUCUGCAGCACAAUGGACGGAGCAGCAGCAGCCCCAGCUUACGAGCCAGCAACAUGAUGAUGCGCAAGAGGCGGCCCAAUUGGAUUGACGCGCCAGAUGACAGCUUUUUCCUUGUAUCCCGAGAAACCAGGAAAGCCCGGAGGCUGCUUACUCGUUCCCAGUUAAGAAGAGCCUGUAGGCAGCCAUGCGAGCAGAUUAAUUUGCGCAGGGUCCCGCAGGGGCCAGUGCAGGGACCCAUCCUCGCGCCCCCUCACCCUAGUCUACGGAUGCGAGGUCCCAUUGUGAUCCACGACUGACCCUCGUCUGUGCCGUUUCACCUGCCUGCCUCUUCUCUUUGAUUCCUGCCCCAAAUCAUACACCACAGUGGCCACACACCACAGCUCCGUUCUCUCUGGAAAUACAGAAACAGUGCAUCGAGAGAAGCAUAGUUAACUAACACCAUGCACUCUGCCAUAUAAACAAGCACUUAAAAUAACUCUAGGGCUCCAUAAUUCUCAGUUAAGCUUCUCUAAACUCUGAACUGAUCAUCUUUGUUAAUCGAAUACUUUGUGGAUGUAAGGAUUGAGUCAUCACGGUCCUGUAAGUCAGUGGUCAGAUGAAAUGACAUGACAUUAUAAUAUAGAAAGCCUUUCUUUCUCAUGCUGAAGACACUUGACAGACUCUUCUGGAAAGUAUUUGUGUGCUAUUUUGUUUGUAAUUUCAUUUAGCACUGCACUGCAGUCCUUCAGUUCUCUUACUUUCUGUGAGUGUUAUGACUACAGGUUUGUGAGCUGUUUUAACCGAUGUUUGAACAGGACUGAAAGUUUGACAUGUUGGACAUUACUGGAAGGCAGAAUUAUGUAAAUAGCAUGGGACGUCUGGAUACAAGGUGCAGCUUUUUCCUCCAGUCUUAUCUGUUGUAGAAGCCACCAGUUUUGAUACAUUUCAUGAUGAUAUUGUUUUGUAUUUCAGACAGUGUAAUGUGUUUCUGAUUGCACUCAUAAGUGGAGGUUCAGUUUAUUCUUGAUGACUACUGUACAACUUCAGGAGCGCUGAUUGGCAAGGAUGAUCUGACAUUCUACAAAAAUAACGAGGCACCCUGAGUAAGACAUUGUCCAUAUGGCAGAAAAAUGAUUGUUCUUUUGAACAAAGUACGUAAAGUUUUGAGUGCCCUUUCGGAAAUAAUGAAAGAAACAAGGUGUUGAACUUCAAAAAGAAAUUUAAUUUAGCAGUUUGUCAACAGAUGGACAUAUUUUUCCUCCAUAUAUCCAUACAAAGGUUAAGAUCUGACAAAAAUAAAGUACAUAAUGCAGAAUGGGAGUUACCAUAAUGCAAAUUCAGGCUGUUUAUACUGCAUGUGACAGUCAUAAUGAUCACAACUUACUUUUUUCAAUGCUUCAUAUACUGUGUUGUGUUUACUUGUAUGUCAUGUGUUAAGUGA